AUGGAAAUUGAGUAAGUGAUUUUUUCUUGUGAAGUGAUUAGAAGACAUAUAAUAGUGAAUAAACAUUAUUGUCUACAGUUAUUAAACAACAGAAUCUUGAUUAGAGAGAAUGUAUAGUAUAUAAGAUCCAUAAAUUAUUAGUUAGAACAUCCUGCUAAGUAUUAGAUUGAAUUAAAUCUAAAAGGAUAAAUAAGUUGGAAAUUGGCUGAUGAUCAUAAGAUUAAAGAAUUUGGUGUUAAAUAUAACAAUAAGCUCAAAUGGUUUACUGGAAUAUCUGAAUAGUUACAUUAACUCAAGCACCUUAUUUCAAAUAAAAUAUUCAUGACUGGAAUUUCAAUUUUUUAUUCGUCACAUGAAUUACUUGGAACUGGAGCAUCUUGUAAAGUUAUUCUGAUUAAAGAUUAUGCCACUCAUCUAUGCUAUGCAGCUAAAUGCGUUAGUAAGGAUUACAUUAGAAAAAAGAAAACAUCUGAUAGAUUUGAUAGAUUAGUGAAUGAAAUUGAAAUAUUAAGAUCCUUAAAAUCACAUCCUAAUUUAAUAAAAUUGCAGGAGUUAUAUGAAGGUGAAAAUAGUUACUAUUUAAUAUUUGAUUAUUUAGAAGGAGAGACUCUCCACAAAUAUAUUAAGAAUAGUGGACAUCUCAUGACAGAACCAAUUGUAAGGAGUAUUCUUUAAGUAAAAAAAUUCAAUUAUAUAUAAUAGUAACUACUGUUAGGAAUCAAAAUGUGCCAUCAAUAAAAUAUCAUCCAUAGAGACAUGAAAUUAGAAAACGUGGUACUUACAAAAACUAAUAAACCAGAAAAUAUUAAGAUUAUUGAUUUUGGAUUGGCCAUUUUUAAUACUUAGAAUCAUCCUUUUUCCAUUUGUGGAACUCCUGGUUAUAUUGCACCUGAAAUUUUAAAUUAUGAAGAUAACAAAUAUAAGUCAGAGUAAUUUAUUUACACUCCUUAGAUUGAUAUGUUUGGAAUUGGAGCCAUGCUUUAUAGAAUGUAAUUUUAUUCUCUUGAAAUAGAAUGACAAGAGAACCUUUGUUCAAUGCCGAUAAAACUAAAGAACUCUUACAUAAGAAUUAAAAAUGCCUAUUUAUUAAAAGAACAAUUUCUCAAUAUUCUUAUAUUCUGAACUAAAUUCUUUACGGAUUGCUGGAAUUUAAUCCAAAAAAAAGAUACUCCGCUGAUCAAGCCUUGGAAUUGCUUUAAUCUCAAUAAAUCAAUUAAAUUACUUUGAAACAUGAAUCUAACAGAAACAUCAAUUUAUAACAAGAAUUUCAAAUACCUACAGACUUGGAUUUUAUUUAAAUUCCUUAUUUGUUUCCGAAUAGGAAAAUCAAAAAGGAAAUGGGUUUUUAUCAUUCAUAUCAUAUCAACGAAGAUAUAAUGUAAGGAUUUAGGAAAUCUUAUCUACCUUCUUUUAGUAUAAGACAGAGUCUGGAUGUUGAUCAUGAUAGUUUAAAAGAGGAAACUGACCGAGAUUAAGUUUUAGAACUAUGA